CGUCAGCCAGCGUCGCCGCCCGCGCUCCGGCUUUGUUACGCCAGGCGGGCUCUGCAUCACUUCUGCGACAGCCCCCCGCCGGUCCCGCCCCCAGCGCGUCCGUCACCCAGGGCAACUGUCGCCCUCGCCUCCCCGCGGAGACUUAGCUGUCCCGGGGCCUUGCAUCCCGUGGGGCCCACAGAAGGGUGUGAGCGGCCGCCGCCGCUGCCCCGCCUCCGGGGCGAGGCCCCAGACCACUCCACAGGCGGCAGAGCGACAGGCCCCGCCGGGUCGGAAAGGAAGCUGCCCUCCGAGGCGGGAAGGCGAAAGCUUGAGGAAAAGACCGCCAACAUUCUGUUUUAGUAGUGGAGCGUCUUAAUCCAGUUUGAACACCAGUGUUACCGAGGAGCACCUAGCUAUCUGAUUUCUUUCAUUUCCUCUGAUCUCAUAUUGGAAACGAUUAGGAUGUCCAAAGAUAUUUGAACUUCCAUAGCUCAGCUCUUGAUCUCAGGGCUGUGAGUUCAAGCCCUGCGUCAGGCUCCAUGCUGGGUGUGGAGCCUACUAAAAUCAAAAACAAAAAUAAAAAGGAUGACAACUUUCCUAACUCUUUGGCUGAUUAUAAAUGCCAAGCUGCAUUUUUCAACCUGGACAAGCAUCAGUGAAGGCUGGACAGUAUCGCGUUCAUCAUCAUUCCUGCUGAGACCAUUACCACUGUGAACGGUACCAGUGUGCUGGGGCCGCCUUCACAUAGGACAAUAGACCAAAGACCAUGGGGAAGCUUAACCAGCAGAAAUGGAUUGUUUCACCGUUCUGGAAGCUGGAAGUCUGAAAUCAAGGAAGAAGAUGUUAAAAACCUUCAGCCCCAAUCACAGUAAUGGAUCUCUGUCAGAAAAAUGAGACGGAAUCAGAAAAUAGUGAAAAUAAUGAAAUUCACAGCCCAGAAGAAACAGAAUUAACCUAUACUUGCCCGGAUGAAAGAAGUGAAAAGAAUCAUGUUUGUUGUCUUCUCAGUAUCAGUGACAUUACGCUUGAACAAGAUGAAAAAGCCAUGGAAUCUGUCAUUGGAACGGGGUGGGAAGAAGCUGUCCAAGGCUGGGGAAGGACUUCUCCAACUGCCUGCAUCUGGCCCAGGAAGAAGCUUAAAAAGGCGAGGGUGGGAGAAGGUGCCGGUAGCUGCUUACUCUGUGGCAGUCUCUCCCAAGGGAGCGCUGAGGCCAGGCCUCAGGUGGAGGCGGAGAAGUUGGGGUCAGGGGCUCCUGCUGAGGUGGGUCUGGAGAAGGAUCAAGGCAGCCCCUCCCAGACUCGGGGAAACUCUCUGGGCUCCACCACCGCCACCUCCAGGGAGGUUAGCAAGAUCUGCUUUCCUCGCUGCGGUCAGGGAGAGAAAAAGAGUCUGCAAAUAAAGGAGUUUAUGUGGUGCAAGGAAGACUGGGCCACCCCUGAGGCUCUUAGGGGCAAGGACCCCAGAAGCCCCAGCAGAGGUCCCUCCAUCUCAGACUCCUUGACUUCCAGGGCCCUUUUAGUUCUGCCUCCCCUGAAGGCUUCACUCCCAAAUGGCUUGGAUGUUCUGGGUAAGAAGAGUAAGAACUUCUUGCAGCCGGAGGAGAAGGUGCUGAGUGUGGAAAAGGAUGAGUGUGUGGCUUGUGCAUAUGGGUUGAAAACAGUUGAUGGGAAAGGUGAAAAGAGACCCAUUGAGCUGGCCAAUCACCUCAAGGUCAAUGACACACUGCCUUUUCCUCCCCGGGUGGCCCCGACAUCCCUGCUGGCGCAUCAGGAGCGGUGCUGCCUGCACUGGUCCCUCCUGCCUGAGAAAAACCUGGUGUGCCCUCCUGACCCCAGCAACGUGCGCUAUCUCGCCACCGUGCGGCUUUUGCAGAAACACGGAGUACAGAACUACAAAGCCAAAUUCAAAGCCAGGGAGCCAAGGCCUCCCGUCAACACUCAAAAGUGCAUUCUCACAGAGGCCAAGCAGGAACACAGGCCCCAAACGUUGGAGACCAAAGUGUUCCCGAGAACUCUCUUGCCGUCCCUCACCGUGAGCAGAGUUGUCAUUCCUGUCUCUGCUCACAGACUGCUCUGAGUUGCCACAAUAGAAUUCCCUGGGAAUCAGCACUGUUUGAAUUCAUUGAUCCUCUCCCUGUCUCUUCUCUGCCCUGUCCCAUCCUUUCUUUUCUUCUCUUCUUCCAUACUCUUACCACGCACCCACCCUCCCCUUGCCUUUUUUUUUUUUUUUUUUUCCAGUAGAACCAGGGGAAAUGGAACUUCAUGGUCUGAGUUUUGAUUUAUUCUCAAAACCCUCAUAUUUAUGUGCCCUGCUUCCGUUGCUGAGCCAUUUACAAAAUGCAAACUGUAGAGCCAGUGUCAGCCUCUGCCUGCCUUAUCUCUCUACUCCCCCUAGAAGCCAAGUGCAUGGUGGGGACUCUGAAGGGCCUCCCUCAGUGAUGCCCUUGGCAGCCCCGUGCCAGUUGGCAGGGACUCGCUCUGCCCCACUCUGGUGCCCUAAGCUAAGUGUAAGUGCUUAUUUUCGAUCAAAUUGUAUCCUGAUCUUUUGAACCAGGCAAAUAUCUGUCUGUUGAUUUCUUUUCUCUUGCAACAAAGAUCUGAAACAUUGUUUUAAUAGAAAACUCCAGCCUGUGUCCAAAUAAAUAUCCUUCUGUCCGAGGCAUCAUAUGCUGAUACCCAUGGAUAUAUCAUAUCCACUACUUGCUACAUAUCUCAGGGUUUCAUAUGCUUAUGUGAUAGCCUCAUGCUAGUCUCCAGGUCUGCAAAAGUUUUAGCUACAGCUCUAUAAGGUCCAUCCUGGGAAGCAGGUUAAGAAUAAUUAUUUGAACAGAAAAGUCAGUGUAAUUAUAACUGUCACCCCACAAGCUUCCUCCAGCCUUACUUUACAUCUAAUUUCUGGGAACUUACAACCCCACACAGACACUUGUGGAAUAGGGGUGUCACUUUCUCCUUCUGCCCUUCUUCUUCUCUCAUUUUACCUAUUCAAUGCCUAUUUCCUGAAUUUGUAUAUAAACAUUUGUAAAUGAGUUAUGUUUUAAGUGCCAAGUAAAAAUGCUAUGUAGAGAAGUGCUCUGAAAAACCAUUUUGUAAUAUGAAUAACCAUUUAGCCACUCUGUAAUUACAUAGUUUGCAUUUGCUUAAGUAGGUUGUACUUGAACUCUGGACUUCCUGUCCCCUAAAUGAUGGGUAGACAGAAUAUAUGACUGUAUUUCUAAACACCUGCUUUCCACAAUUGGUCUUUGUAAUGCCUUUUCUCUUAGUUUUAGAUUUCUUUAUUGUUUUGUGAUUUAUUUACAAAACACCAGAAAUGCAGAAAUGAUAAUAGUACAAUGGUCAUUAAAAAGGUGUGUUUUGCCUGUU